CUGCCAGAUGAAUUCUGUAGUGCACUGAAAGGUGUCAGCAAGCUCCUUUGCUAUCUUGCAUGUAGUGUGUAGACUUGAUUUCUUUUGUCAUGCAGUCAACCCCUAAGCAUGAAAAAAAAUGGAAGAGCAUCUAGACAAGUACAAAAAUUUCAGUUUUAAAUCUUGUUAAUAUUCAGUGCAUUGAAAUUCUAGACUUGAAAAUGUCUUAAUUUUUCUUCACAGUUAUGAAGGAUAGGGAUCUUGAAAAGAGGCGAGAGCUAGUCAAGGAAGUACAACUCCUGGAGCCAUUGCCCAAAGAGAGACUUGAAACAUCCCAUGACUUACCACUCUGACAGUUUUCAUGACUAAAAAUGUAUAAAUUAUUGAAGUGAAUUACUUUCUUCUUUUCCUUAGAUACAGUUAUCAUCGUUAAGUUUGAAUAGCACAUAUUUAACUUCAAAUGAAGCCACCUGCAUGCACUGGAACAGAUGUGCUUAACUCCAGCUCUCUCACCCUUUCCUCGUAAGGCUCUGGCCUCUGUAGGAAAAGAAAGGAAAACGUGGUUCAGAUUGAUUUCUUGAAGGAAAGUUUUCCAAGAUGGUGCAGAUGAACCACAGUCAUCCAAGCGAGAUGAACAGAAUGGCUUCCUUCAACAAGAAAACAGAACAUUCAUUUUUUAGGAUUAUGUCUACAACAUGAAGCAUUUAGCAGUAGCUGUCUUUGAGAACAUUCAUCUAUGACCUGAAAUGUCCUGAUCCUGGGGAAAAAAUGAGAUUCCAUUAAUUAAGUCCAUAAUUUUAAAUGCAUUUUUAUGACUAAUCCUUAUUAGUUAUGCACAAAUGGAUACAGAAAUGAUAAACUAGAUCUUACUUUAACACAUGCGCACAUUGGAGUUUGUGCAUUCAGUAUACAAGAUACAUCAUUUAAAUCAAAUUUUAAUUGCUCUUUUAAAUUAUCUAUAUUUAUUAAUAAGUGAAGACUUGGCAAGAAGAAUUUGCCAUCCGUGGACAAGAGUAGAACAGAUUUCCCCAGAGUGGAUGGUAAUUUUGUGUUGGGUAAAAUCAGUAAUUUAAAAGUGGAGCAAAAGGAAGACUGCAUUAACUGUGCUCUAGAAAGAAUGGAUAUAAAAACAGAACAAGAUGAUUUUAAACAUGAAGAGAGCAGUGAUGAACAGGAAGACAAAGAAAAAAACUUCAUUACCAACAACUCUAGCAAAUAUUUAUCUACUGAAAAUGAAGAUAAUUAUGGAUCUCUUUUUUCUCAGUAUAGUAGUACUCUGUAUGAUGUAGCAAUGGAGGCUGUGACACAAAGCCUCCUUUCUAGCAGAAACAUAAGCUCCAGAAAAAAGUCACCUGCUUGGAACCAUUUCUCUAUAUCUCCUAGAGAUAGCACUAAAGCAAUAUGCAUGUACUGUAUGAAAGAAUUUAGCAGGGGUAAAAAUGAAAAGGACCUGAGUACCAGUUGUCUAAUGAGACAUGUGAGGAGAGCCCAUCCCACUGUAUUAGUUCAAAGAAAUCGAAGUAUGCCAGGUAUAUCCCAUCCCACUGUACUAGUGCAAAGCAAUCUAAGUAUGCCAGGUAUAUCCUCCUUUUCUUCACCUACAUUGCUACUGCCACCUCAGUCAGCAGAUGUUGGAGAUCUGAGUUCUAUGUUAUCCCCCAUAAAACUGGUCAAGAAAGUGGCUUCUAAAAUACCAUCUCCAGAUCGAAUAAUUGAGGAAUCUGUUUCUAUUGCUUCUUCUGAAGAAAUAUCAGAUCUUUCAGUUUCUGAGAAGUGCAUCAAAGAAGAAGUCAUGGUUGAGUCAUCUCCACAGCUACCCAACAACCAGUAUGAUGAUGCUGUGGAGAAUGUAGCAGAAAAAACUGCUGCAACUCCAAAGAGCACAUCAGGUUCCAGAAGGAGAUCUGCUGUCUGGAAACACUUUUACUUGUCACCUCUAGAUAAUUCUAAAGCUGUUUGCAUCCACUGCAUGAAUGAAUUCAGUAGAGGAAAAAAUGGAAAAGAUCUGGGAACGAGUUGUUUGAUAAGACACAUGUGGAGAGCCCAUCGUUCCAUAGUCUUACAAGAGAAUGGGGGUGGUACUAGCAUACCACCUCUCUACACUGCACCUCCAACUCUGUUGCCUUCUUUACUGCCUUCAGAUAGUGAUCUGAAUUCCAUGUCAUCCUCUCCUGAAAAACUAAUGAAAGAAUCAACUUCUGUUUCUUCUUCUCCAGAGAGAAUCUCUGAGGAGAUCCAUACUAAUCUCUCUUCUGGAGAUGCUCUAGUAGAUGACUCAGUGCUGUCAUCGUCUGAUGAUAUAGGUGAAGUCUCUUUUGUUUCGUCUCCAGAGAAACAGUGUGAGGGAUUAGGUCCACUAAUAUUUGAACCUACUGCUGUAUUUCAGCAAAAUAAAAGGAUUAUGAAAAGGCUUAAAUCAGAAGUUUGGCACCACUUUUCACUGUCGCCUGCAGACAGUCUGAAAGCAGUAUGUAGAUACUGUAGUUGUACGAUAAGUCGUGGUAAGAAAGGUGAUGUGGGCACAAGCUGCUUGAUGAGACAUCUAUAUAGACGCCAUCCCGAUGUAAUUGGAAACCAAAAAAGUUUUCUUGAUAUGAGUUUGGCAAAUUCUCCUUAUGCCACUUUGGCUUCUGCAGAGUGUUCAUCCUCCAAGUUGACUGACUUGCCUACAAUGGUUACACAUGAUAAUCCAAUUAUAUUUCCUGUUAAUAGUAAGAAGACCUCAAAACUGUGGAAUCACUUUUCAAUUUGUUCUGCAGAUUCAACAAAAGUAAUAUGUAUGCACUGUGGUCGUACAAUAAGUAGAGGGAAAAAGCCAACAAAUCUAGGCACAAGUUGCCUUCUAAGACAUUUGCAGCGGUUUCAUAACAAUGUAUUGAAGACUGAUGUCUCAGAGACAGUAUUAUCCUCAUCUACGGAUAAUCACGUGCCCCUGAGCACAGAAUUACUAGGAUCUUCAAAUUUUGAUGAAACCAAUGAUAAGUUUUGUGACUCUCACCCAGUUGCCAAAAAAAUCACAAGUCUUGUAGCUGAAAUGAUUGCACUUGACCUUCAGCCAUAUUCUUUUGUAGACAACAUUGGCUUUAACAGGCUUCUUGAAUAUUUGCAACCUCAAUAUUCUUUACCUUCUCCAUCUUACUUUUCUAGGACAGCAAUUCCAGAUAUGUACAAUAAUGUAAAACAAAUAAUUAUUUCACAUCUUAAAGAAGCUGAAAGUGGAGUCAUCCAUUUUACAUCAGGUAUAUGGAUGAGCAACCAAACACGAGAGUAUCUAACUCUGACAGCUCAUUGGGUAACAUUUGAAUCUUCGUUUCGACCUCAGUGUGAGGAUUACCAUUGUUCAGCACUAUUAAACGUAUCACAGAUUGAUUGUGACUACAAUGGAGUCAGCAUUCAAAAGCAGUUAGAGUACUGGUGGGAAACGUGGAUUACUUCCAUUGGCCUUCAGAUUGGGAUUACUGUUACUGAUAAUCAGAGUAUCGAGAAAACUUUAAAUGAAGGUGAUCAUUCAAGUGUACAAUGCUUUAGUCACACUGUCAACGUCAUUGUAAAUGAGGCUAUUAAAAGCCAGAGGAUGGUCCAAAAUUUACUUAGUAUUGCAAGAAAGAUCUGUGAACGUGUCCAUCGGUCAUCAAAGGCAAAAGAGAAGUUAGCUGAGUUGCAAAAAGAGUAUGAGUUGCCUCAACAUCAACUAAUACAAGAUGUUCCAUCCAAGUGGAAUACAUCAUUUCAUAUGCUUGAACGCCUUAUUGAACAGAAAAGAGCAAUUGAUGAAAUGUCAAUAGAGUGCAGCUUCCGGGAGUUAAUAAGUUGUGAUCAGUGGGAAGUAAUGCAGUCAGUGUGCCAUGCUCUCAAACCUUUUGAAGCUGCAAGCAGGGAAAUGAGUACACACAUGUCUACUCUAAGCCAAGUGAUUCCAAUGAUUCAUAUACUUAACAGGAAAAUAGAGAUGCUAUUUGAGGAGACAAUGGGCAUAGAUACAAUGCUGAAAUCUUUGAAAGAAGCCAUGGUGAGUAGAUUGUCAUCUACGCUUCACGAUCCAAGGUACAUUUUUGCUACACUUCUGGAUCCCCGGUAUAAGACAUCCUUAUUUACAGAAGAGGAAGCUGAACAAUAUAAACAAGACUUAAUCAGGGAGCUGGAAAUCAUGAGUUCUACCUCAGAUGAUGAUAAACCUGUUUCCAAUGGAUGUGAUAUAGGUUCACCAUCAACAAAUUCAUGUGGGGAAGAUAAUCUUUGGUCACUCAUGGGUGACAUGAAGAAAACAAAAGACCUGAAAGACAGAGUAAAGUUACCAGAGGAAAUGGUGCUUUCCUACUUGGAGGAAGAAGUGCUUGAGCAUAACUGUGAUCCUCUAACUUACUGGAACUUUAAGAAGUCAUCUUGGCCAGUACUGUCAAAAUUGGCUGUCAGGUUCUUGGGUUGUCCACCAAGCAUUGUUCCUUCAGAGAGAUUGUUCAAUACAUCCAAUGAAAGCAACAACUUUAGUCAGUCAAGGGUUAUGAUUGAACACUUUGAAAAGCUUAUCUUUUUGAAAGUGAAUCUUCCUUUAAUAUACUUCCAGUAUUGAAACUAAUGAACAAACUGCUAGACUAAACCUGUUGUUGCUCACUGGAUAUUAACUAUCAGAUUUCUAAAUUGCUCCAAUGGGGGCCAUGUAUGACAUCUAAUCAGUGACUAUAAUUCCAAAUUUUAAUUUCCUUAUUGUUUAUUUCCAGCUUUCAAUAUGUCUACAUGUGCCUUAUUCAUAGUACUUCAGGCCAGAUAUUGUAUAUAUGUUUUUUAAAAGUUCAUACUAGAGCUAGUCUGUCUUGACAAAUGAUACAAAAUUAGAUUUUAAUCCAUAAUUGUAAAUGAACUUUAAAAAAGCUCAGUCAUUUGUUUUCAUAGAAUGGAAAAAAGAAAAAAAAAAGAAAAAAAGAUGUAAACAGUUCUAUUCUGUAGUUUUUUAUUCAAUUAUUAGGUAAAAAAAACCAUAAACCAGGUACUGUAUUUUAGUUGAACAUUGCUUUAAUUGUAACAGCUUUUGUAGUUGUCAAAAGCAAGGUGUACAUGAAAGAUGGGGUUCAGUCCAUCUUUUUAUCAUGUGAUGUUUUUAACUGCAAGCCCUAGAAGUACUUAAAGGAUUAAGAGUUAUUGAGGAAGAUGUGUUUACAGGAGGCUAUUGAUUUAGUUUCUGAAAAUCUUAAAUUUGAGAUUAUAUGGAAUGUCAGUUUUACAGCAAUCAAUAGUAAAACUUCCCAUUCUGGGUUUUUCUGAUCAGGUUUUACUUUUAACUGAACUACAGAAAUAUUCUGGGUAUUUAUAAAAGCUCUUCAGAAGUCUUAUCAAAGUAUGUGAAUUAAUGCUUGUUAUUUAAUGCUGGGUACAAAAAAGGCAAGAAAUUUAACAUGAAGACUUUUAAUUAAGUCAUUCUAGAGCCUUUUCUGAUCUUCAGUGCGUCGAAACUGUAAGGUUCCUUAUUGUAAAAAUUGAGCCCUUGCUCUGAACAUGGUUUCAAUUGUAUAGAACAGCCUGUCUUAAAGCUCCUAGUACAGAAAUAAAUGAUCUUCUGAUUUUCAAUAAUAGCCUUAUGGAUAUGGAGCACUACUUAGAAUUUUAUGUAGUAGGUUGAUUCUUAACUGUUGGUGUCCAUCAGGCAAAUGGGAUAUAGAGCCCUUAAAACUUCAGUGAGGAAAAAAAUAGCAUUUUAAUUUGAAAGGAACAUUUUCUAUGUUUGUUUGUGGAUUUUUUUUUUUUUUAACUCUGGAAAGAUUAAUCUUGUCAUUUCAGUUUUCAUUGAAUACUUUUUGGGAAACAAGUCAUCAUUUGCCUAUGACCUUUUAGAAAAGUUGUAGCUUUGUUAAAAAUACUGUACCUAUGCCUAAUCUAAUUUUGCAUUUACUAUGUUUUAGUGUAUUUAUAAAUGGUGAAUUCAGUUUCUGAAAUUAAACAUUUUAUUUGCAAUUUUCUAGUGGUAGUCAACACUGCCUUUUAUUUUCAGAUGGAUAUAAGACAGCUGUUGAAUAAAAAUUAAAUUGAUACAGUUGUAAUGAACAUACCACAGAACAUGCUAUGUGCAAAGACUGGUUUUCCGCUUAGCUUUUUGGACUUAAACCUGGAUUCUGGUUCAUUUUGCGCAAGCUACUUGACCUCAGGAAAACUUGUUGAUUUCUUUCCCAGGUGGCUUUGGUUUUCAUGUGAUGUUCCUCUAAACAUUUUAUUGUUUCAAGUAUUUAAAUUGUUUUAUUCCAUCAGUUAUGUUUACACCUGGAUUAUUUACAGAAAUUAUUAUAUAGUUUACAUAGGAAAAAAGUAAUACUGCAUUUUGUCAGUAUUUUAAAGAUAGUUUUUUGUUCUAUCAAGUCAGCAUUUCUUUGUUGCUCUAGGGUUAAAUGAGAACAGCAGAUGAAUUUUCUGUAGUAAUGAAA